GGGUUCAACCGCAGGUUCUGACCGAGAGCAGGCGGAACCUUUCUUCCGCGGCUCCAAUUAAGUUGCGCGGCGGGGACUAUUUAGGCCACCGCGCACCGCUCUCCACGGGUACAGCAGUUUGGCUGGCGCAGCGAAGGCGCGCGUGAGGGUUCUGUUUGCUCCUUCCUUUGUCGUGAACAGCAUGGACGUGCUUGCGGAGGAGUUUGGGAACUUGACCCCGGAGCAGCUGGCCGCGCCGAUCCCGACUGUAGAGGAAAAAUGGCGGCUGCUUCCAGCAUUUUUAAAGGUGAAAGGCCUUGUGAAACAGCAUAUAGAUUCAUUUAACUAUUUCAUUAAUGUAGAGAUAAAGAAAAUAAUGAAAGCCAAUGAAAAGGUUACGAGUGAUGCUGACCCCAUGUGGUACUUAAAAUAUCUUAAUAUCUAUGUCGGGCUUCCUGAUGUUGAAGAAAGCUUCAAUGUAACUAGACCAGUGUCCCCUCAUGAGUGCCGGUUGCGGGACAUGACGUACUCCGCCCCCAUCACAGUGGAUAUUGAAUACACCCGAGGCAGCCAGAGGAUCAUCCGCAACGCCUUACCCAUUGGCAGAAUGCCCAUAAUGCUACGUAGUUCAAACUGUGUUCUUACAGGAAAAACACCCGCAGAAUUUGCCAAACUGAAUGAAUGUCCUUUAGAUCCAGGGGGCUACUUCAUUGUUAAAGGAGUAGAAAAAGUUAUUCUUAUCCAAGAGCAGCUGUCUAAGAACAGGAUCAUCGUGGAGGCUGACAGAAAAGGGGCUGUGGGUGCUUCAGUUACCAGCUCUACCCAUGAGAAAAAAAGCAGAACUAAUAUGGCUGUGAAACAAGGACGAUUUUACUUGAGGCAUAAUACUUUGUCAGAAGAUAUACCCAUUGUCAUCAUAUUUAAGGCCAUGGGUGUUGAGAGUGACCAGGAAAUUGUGCAGAUGAUUGGAACAGAGGAGCACGUGAUGGCUGCAUUUGGGCCCAGUUUGGAAGAGUGCCAGAAAGCUCAGAUUUUCACACAGAUGCAGGCUUUAAAAUAUAUAGGGAACAAAGUAAGAAGGCAAAGGAUGUGGGGAGGUGGACCAAAGAAAACCAAAAUAGAAGAAGCAAGAGAGCUGCUGGCUUCUACCAUUCUGACCCAUGUACCAGUUAAAGAAUUCAAUUUCCGAGCCAAAUGUAUCUAUACCGCAGUGAUGGUGCGAAGAGUAAUUCUGGCCCAAGGAGAUAAUAAAGUUGACGACAGAGAUUAUUAUGGUAACAAGCGAUUGGAGUUGGCAGGACAGCUUUUAUCUCUUCUUUUUGAAGAUUUGUUCAAAAAAUUUAAUUCUGAAAUGAAGAAGAUUGCAGACCAGGUGAUUCCUAAGCAAAGAGCAGCCCAGUUUGAUGUUGUGAAACACAUGCGUCAAGACCAGAUUACCAAUGGCAUGGUGAAUGCCAUUUCAACCGGAAAUUGGUCUCUGAAGAGAUUUAAAAUGGAUCGCCAGGGUGUGACUCAGGUGCUGUCUCGCUUGUCAUAUAUAUCCGCACUGGGCAUGAUGACAAGAAUCUCUUCCCAGUUUGAAAAAACAAGAAAAGUGAGUGGUCCUCGAUCGCUCCAGCCGUCUCAGUGGGGAAUGCUCUGCCCUUCGGACACUCCUGAAGGAGAGGCAUGUGGUUUGGUUAAAAACUUGGCCCUUAUGACGCACAUCACAACUGACAUGGAAGAUGGACCCAUUGUUAAAUUAGCCAGUAACUUGGGAGUAGAAGAUGUGAAUUUAUUAUGUGGGGAAGAGCUGUCUUACCCAAAUGUGUUUCUUGUCUUUCUUAAUGGUAACAUCCUGGGCGUCAUUCGAGACCACAAGAAGCUGGUGAAUACAUUUCGACUGAUGCGAAGAGCAGGAUAUAUCAAUGAAUUUGUUUCCAUCUCAACGAAUCUGACAGAUCGGUGUGUCUAUAUUUCCUCUGAUGGAGGAAGGCUGUGCAGACCCUAUAUAAUUGUUAAGAAACAGAAGGCUGCAGUCACAAAUAAGCAUAUGGAAGAGCUGGCUCAGGGGUACAGGAAUUUUGAAGAUUUCUUGCAUGAGAGUCUGGUUGAAUAUUUAGAUGUGAAUGAAGAAAAUGACUGUAACAUUGCACUCUAUGAACAUACGAUUAAUAAAGAUACCACCCACUUGGAGAUUGAACCCUUCACUCUUCUCGGCGUUUGUGCUGGCCUGAUCCCGUACCCUCAUCACAACCAGUCCCCAAGAAACACAUAUCAGUGUGCCAUGGGGAAACAAGCCAUGGGUACCAUUGGAUACAACCAGCGGAACAGAAUUGAUACUCUCAUGUAUCUCCUGGCAUAUCCACAAAAACCCAUGGUUAAAACAAAGACUAUUGAGUUGAUAGAAUUUGAGAAACUGCCAGCUGGACAGAAUGCGACAGUUGCUGUGAUGAGUUAUAGUGGCUAUGAUAUAGAAGAUGCUCUUGUUUUAAACAAGGCUUCCUUGGACAGAGGCUUUGGGCGUUGCCUUGUAUAUAAAAAUGCUAAAUGUACUUUGAAACGAUAUACCAAUCAGACUUUUGAUAAAGUGAUGGGGCCGAUGUUGGAUGCUGCUACAAGGAAACCCAUCUGGCGACAUGAAAUUUUAGAUGCAGAUGGUAUUUGUUCUCCAGGUGAGAAAGUAGAAAACAAGCAAGUGCUUGUAAAUAAGUCCAUGCCCACAGUGACUCAGAUUCCCUUGGAAGGAAGUAAUGUGCCCCAGCAGCCGCAGUACAAAGAUGUGCCCAUCACCUACAAAGGGGCAACGGAUUCAUAUAUUGAAAAAGUGAUGAUAUCUUCGAAUGCCGAAGAUGCUUUUCUGAUCAAAAUGCUGCUGAGACAGACAAGGCGUCCAGAAAUUGGAGACAAAUUCAGCAGUCGUCAUGGGCAAAAAGGACGUAGGUGCUGUUAUGAUCUGCAUUCUAUAGAUGAGGAAGCAGAGGCACAGAAAGGUGUUUGUGGCUUGAUCGUCCCUCAGGAAGACAUGCCAUUUUGUGAUUCUGGCAUCUGUCCGGACAUCAUAAUGAACCCCCAUGGCUUCCCAUCUCGAAUGACGGUGGGAAAGUUAAUAGAGCUGUUGGCGGGCAAGGCCGGCGUGUUAGACGGCAGAUUCCACUACGGCACUGCGUUUGGAGGCAGUAAAGUAAAGGAUGUGUGUGAGGACCUCGUUCGCCACGGUUAUAACUACUUGGGGAAAGACUAUGUUACCUCUGGCAUCACAGGUGAACCCUUGGAAGCAUACAUCUAUUUUGGCCCCGUGUACUAUCAGAAACUGAAACACAUGGUGCUCGAUAAGAUGCAUGCCCGGGCACGGGGACCACGAGCUGUCCUUACCAGGCAACCUACUGAAGGUCGAUCUCGUGAUGGUGGUUUGCGUCUUGGAGAAAUGGAACGUGACUGUUUAAUCGGUUAUGGAGCAAGUAUGCUUUUACUAGAGAGACUGAUGAUUUCAAGUGAUGCCUUUGAGGUUGAUGUCUGUGGGCAGUGUGGACUUCUUGGGUACUCCGGCUGAGAUCAUCUGAUGGCAGUGCCUGAUUUUGAAGCUCAUGUGUUCAAUGUAUAUUGUAUUUGAAAUCCUUUGAAAGAGGACUAAAUCAGGUUACACUGUUUAAGGGUCUUUACUGUAAUUAAACAGACCUGGAUAUACCAUAUGUCUGAUUUUGAGUGGCCUACUUAUACCCUUGUUGCCAACAGAAAAAAAUCCUCAUCCAGUCUGGUAGUCUAGCAGCCUGCUCGUGCUGCUUUCUGGCAGAGGAGCAUAAUGAUGCUGUCAUUUUCCCGUCGUUACCUGAUCGUGUGUGAUGGGUUGUGUGGGAGGGAGCACAGGCGUUUGUUGGAGGAAGUCGGUCUUUAAUGAACAGCACAAUGGAGGCUGAGUAAUUAGAGCAGUUCAGAACCUUGAAACUGGCCUUUUGUCAGUGAUUUGCACAUUAGUAAGGCAUUGCUAUGGGGAUGUUUACAGCAAGACUGUUGUUCUGCAGAAGACACGGAGGGCAUAAGUCACAAAAGAGAGGAAAACUGCUGAGAGAAGAAAAUCCCUAUUAAGAUAAUUAGCUUGUAGAGGAUAUUUUACUGGACAGUCAUUCCUCAUGUGAAGCCACAGCCGCCUCCUUUUGCUGCUUUUCCCUAAAAAAUCAGUUUAUUUUAUUGUUGUUUGGGUCAAGUUUCUUUCUUUGGAACUCUUUCAGAAAUAGGGUAAAAAUUUUAAUAUUUUUCUUUAUGUGUAUAUAUAUACGCAUAUGUAUGUAUGUAUAUACAUGCAUUGGAACAUUUUAAAUGAUGGAGAAAUAGUUAAUAAUAGAGAAGAUUAGUGGGCUUUCUGGAUUAUGAAUCAGCACAUAUGGAAGUUUUAAAUGGAUUAGCUUGACCUGAAGUCACCAGGUAAUGUACUGGACAGGAGAAUCAGCAAGAAGUUGCCCCAGUUAAAUCCAUUUCUCCAGUUUAAUUAAAGCAUGAACAUGAUUCCUGCGUAAAUUAGAUCAACCCAGGCACAUUAAAAACAUAAUUCUUAAACUAUAAUGCAUUAAGGAGGUCUUUAGGUAAUCUUUUAGGAAAAAGUCAUCCACCAUGUUCCUAUUAUUACUGUUGAUGGAAUCAAAUCUCCACAGUGCUUGUUAAGGCCUCUGCAAGUCCCCUGUGGGGACACGAGCACAGGUCCAUCAUGGCUCAUCCCUUUUCCAUACUCUUCUCCUCAAGAAGUUCAUAUCUGUAUACUCACUCACCACCACAUUCCAAUUCUCAGCCUUAAUGCUUUUCUUUUCUAAAAUAAUAAAGCUUUAUUUUACUGGUGGUGAAAAUGAUCCCUGCUCUUUGUAAAAUAUUCAAAGUUAUAAAAAAUGUUAAUGAUAUAUAUAUAAAGAAGAAAUACAAACAGUCACACUAAUUUGUACCAUCCACAGAUGACCACUAUUAACAUUUUAGUGACUCUUUUGGGGACAUCUCUGUUUGCCAGUAGUCCUGUACCCUUUUUUAUUUUCAGUCAUGAGCCCUUUUGAGAUUCUGAUAAUAGUAUAAAAGUAAAAAUACGUACACCAAAAAAUCUUGUUACAUAUGAUUUUGGGGCUUCAUACAUUUACUGAAACCCAUCUGAGGACCCCCCCUCCUUGUGAUCACACUGUUUAGCAAACUGCUUUUUCUACUCCACAGUGUGUCCUGGACACCUUUACAUUUCACUAAUGUGGGUCUACAGCAUCACGUUUAAUGGCUGCACAGGAUUCUUCUGCAUAAAUGUCCUGUAAUCACAGAACAAACUGCUUAUUGGACACAUGAGCCAUCUCCUGCUUUAUGCCGGAGUAGUAUGCAUAUGCUACUGUGAGUUAUAAGUAGUGUGACCGUGAACAUUCUUGUGUACAUAUUUUGCCACUUUUGUGAUUACUCAGUGAAAUAACAUGUGUGGCUACGUUUUUAACACACAUCCCUCCAGAAGGGUCUUUACCGUUCACUAAGGAGUCUCGCUCUAGUCCCCAGUCAGCACUGAGUCUUCUAAGCCCUGGUUGCUGUUCCUCUUGCACUCAUUUUGCCCCCUGUUAACUGGGAGGACCUAGUUUUCUACAUAUUAAGUCUCAGGAUUUUUACUGGAAACCUAUUGUCCCAGAUGCCCCAGAUCCUUGAGGUAUAGAGUAAGGUCCUAUUUUGGUCUGAAACCUGAGAAAAUAAUUCACUUUCUCCCCAGGGACCCUUCUUUAGUUGUAGCUAUUGACUAAGAUCUAGGUUCAGUUCACUGGCUCUUCCUGAAGGAAAAGAAAAUCCUAAUUGGAAGAGCAGGCACAGUGGUCAGGAGCAGGUGCUGUUGUGAGGAUUAAAUGAGAAUAUAUGCACACGCACACGCACGCGCACACAGGUUCCUUGGUUUCGCACAGGGGCCAGUGCGUUGUUCAGUGCAGUGGCUUCCAGGACUAAGAGAAAUAACCACGCUUAAAGAGUGCUGGAAAAAUAGGUAGCAUUUGAUUGGAUACCACCUUUCUAUAUGAAAGUCUUCUCUUUCCCAUCACACUUCAGGCAUUUCAGUGACAGAAAUCAAAUUGAGCAUCUUGUCUAGAAUAGUAUAGAGUAGUAGGUGCUUUUCAAAUACAUGGACAUGGAUUCAGUCGGUUUGGAACUCUUUCAACAAUAAAAAAUGUCUAAAUCUGAGUAACUUUCAGACGGUUCAGAUUUUUGGGCCUCAUUCAAAAUAAAUACAUAGGCAGAUAUUUUGCAUUUUAAGGAGAAAGGUCUAGAAGUGUGGAAGUACUGAUUAAAAUUCCAUGCUUUUAAAACUGGGGGAGUGAUAUUGUUUUGUUCUUUCUUUUGCUGCCUUGGAUGCUUCUUUUUAUUUUGGGGGCACAUACAUACAUAUUUGAUAGUGUGACUGAACACUGAGGAAUAGAAAACGAAUGAACUUGAUAGGAUGGUCAUGGAAUUUUCAGAGCAAAUCCUCACUUCCUGUGUGCAGGCCUCUACCUCUGAGUUGCUGUCCAUCUAACACAG